GCAGCGGCAGGCCCAAAUCAAAACCUCUUCACUCAAGGAGGUACACAGAUACAACCACUCUCUCUCUCUCUCUCUCUCUCUCUCUCGGUCUCUCGGUCUCUCUCUCCGUUAUAUAUCAAUACGGGAACAUACACCUUACCAGAGAGGAGAGCUUAGACUGAGGAUUUUAUUUCUGCAGCCUCUGAGGAACGACAUGACCAAGGAGAUUGAGGCUCUGAUGAUUUUGCAAAACGAGAGCUUUAAUUACUCAUGCUACUCUGACAGCUACCUAAUGGACUCCUGGAACUACAUGGACAUCGAUAGCAGCAAACCUAAAUCCAGGCUUGCUGAUGACGAUCUCAACAGUAUCUCCAUCUUCAGUGAUAUUUGCAAGACUCCAAAAGAGCAGAAGAUGACUUCCUGUUCACAUGGUGGCAGUACAUUUAAACCAAUGGACAGAACACCCAAUGGUUCUUCCCCUGAGCUGACACCUCUACAAAACUCACACCUCAUGAAGCUGGUAACCGGGAGCAUUUGUACCACCCAAUCACAAGUCGCGAAACAAAUUUCUCCAAGCAACAACAACUACAUCCAGGGUGACAGCUAUGAAAAGCAAGCCAUCAACAACAUAUUUGAUUCCCUUAUGCUCAACACACCUCAUAAAAUGUGGCCUUCAGAUACCUCCUACCCAGAUGCCAGCACUGAACCUCUAGGCUACAGCACUGAUUUUGUGGGCCACCCAAGUCCUGAUUACUCCGACUCAUACUCAAACUCUCCUCCUGAGAGGUACAGGAAUGACUUUCAGUUUAUUCUCGGAGCACCUCAAGCCUCCCAAAACAAGACCACAGAGAUGCCGAUGGUGUACCUGAACAAGGGCCAGUUCUACCCCAUCACCCUACAGGGAGUGGACAGCAGUGCUGGGAUCCCGUGCAGCAAAGUGAAGACUGUGAUCAUGGCGGUGUUUGAAAACGAGAAGAGUCCUGAGAUGCAGCUGAAGUGCUGGAAUCACUGGCACGCGCGGCAGCCGACUGCUAAGCAGAGGGUCAUUGAUAUUGCUGACUACAAAGAAGUCUUCAGUGGCAUCAGCAAUGUAGAAGAGGUUGCUUUUAAUGCCUUAUCCUUCAUCUGGAACACCAAUGAAGAAGCUAAGGUGUAUAUUGGUAUCAAUUCCCUCAGCACAGACUUCUCCUCUCAGAAGGGGGUGAAAGGUGUCCCUCUAAACCUGCAGAUCGACACGUAUGACUUCAGCUCUGGCACCAACCAUCUCAUCCACCGAGCCGCCUGCCAGAUCAAGAUCUUCUGUGAUAAGGGUGCAGAGAGGAAGAUGCGAGAUGAAGAACGCAAAAGAGUCAAGAGGCGAACAAAGAAUGUUGCUGACUCCACUAAUGGUGGAAAACAGACUCCGGUUUCCAGCUCCAUUGGGAAGGACUGCACUUUCUUCAAGACCCUGGAUGACCAUGUCACACAGCCUGUGCUGUUCAUCCCUGAGACCCACUACAGCAACCUGCAGCGCUUGGCAGUGACUACCAGUGCAGAGGAAAGUGAGAAGAACUCGCUGAAACGUGUUGCCUGUUUCUCUGAUUCAGGAGAACAGUGUGGCUCACCGCUCAGCAAACAACCACGCAAGGAAGAACAGCAAAGAGUCCUCCUGUACGUACGGCAAGAAUCGGAGGAAGUGUUCGACGCCCUCAUGCUGAACUCGCCCACCCUGAGAGGACUCAGACAAGCGAUUUCGGAAAAGUACGGCCUGCAAGAAGACACCAUCGGGAAAAUCUUCAAAAAAUGCAAGCGAGGGAUUUUUGUGAACAUGGACGACAACAUCGUUGAACACUACAGCAACCAUUCCGCCUUCCUCAUCGAGAUCACAGAGGUCAUGCUCAAUCAAUUCCAAGUCACGCUACUCGAGUUAUGAGUGACAUCGUCUUCCAGUGACGCAAGUCCCACCCCCUCACUGGCAGUGUCUCCCCAACCUGCCAAUCAGAAAGCACUGCCACAUCUCAGAGAAAUUUUUUGGACCAUAGCUGUCACCAUGGGGACAAUAGAGCGCUGCAGGUUUACAGCUAAACGUCAGCACCAUAUUAAUUACCUCUGUAAAAACAAUUUAUUUCCUUGUUUUUAAUUAAUUAUUUUUUUGUUUUUUAACCACAGUUGAAUAUGACGUAAGCAAUUAUGAUGCAUUGAACAAACUGAUGAGUAAAUGAAUAUAUGAGUUGUAAAUAUAAAUUGUAAAUAGAAGUGAAUAUUGU